AUGCCCUCCUCGUCCCGUCGCGGAACGCACCAAGUAGCUUCGCCCGGUACCGAUGAUAGCUCCCAGAAAUUCACGCCGUCGCCGCGCUCGUCGCACGAGUCUGGUGGCCUGUCUGUAAGGCACGAGUCGAACUCGUUCGAACUGCGCACUAUUCCUCCACGCGACGAGCCCCCUUCGAAAGAAGAGCCGACCGAAGAUGAGGGCUUACUCCAUAGCACACGGCGCGCCUCAAUCGACUCGGUUCAGAGUUAUGAGUUGUAUACGCCAGAUGAGGAUCGGACGGUACUUAGAAAGCUUGAUCGUCGGCUCGUAGCCUUCAUGGCCUUAUUAUACAUGUUGAGCUUUUUGGAUCGGUCGAAUAUUGGCAAUGCUCGUAUAGCCGGUCUUGCAGAUGAUUUGAACCUCACGUCUAACCAGUACGAAUGGCUGCUGUGGGCCUUUUAUAUCACAUACAUUCUGUUUGAGUGGAUGACCCUGAUGUAUCGCGUAGUGCCGCCGCAUAUCUAUAUUUCCAUGUGCAUCCUCUCCUGGGGCAUCAUAGCGUCGCUUCAAGCGUUGGUGAACUCCUUCAGCUUUCUUGUUGUACUGCGUGCUCUUUUGGGUGUCAGCGAAGCGGCAUUUUCAUCCGGCCUGCCCUUCUACCUAUCAUUCUUCUUCCGUCGACACGAGCUCGCCUUCAGGAUUGGGCUCUUCGUAAGCGCCAGUCCGAUAUCAGCAUCGUUUGCUGGAGCUUUAGCCUGGCUCAUCACUAAACUCGGCGAGCAUAGCUCACUAAGACCUUGGAGAUUACUUUUUCUGCUCGAAGGCUUCCCAUCUGUACUGGUCGCCGUCUGGGCAUGGGACUUUGUGCCAGACGGUCCGGGUCUGGCCAAGUGGCUGAGCCCGCGACAGCGCGAGGUUGCGGUAAUGCGACUGAGAUCAGAAAAGGAGGCCGAGGACUCAGAUCUAGAAGAUGAGAAGUACGAAGGCGGGCAAAAAAGAAAACGCGUCAAUUUCCUCGAAGUGUUGCAAACACUCAAGGACCCGAAAUGCUAUCUGACAGCGUUCAUGUUUUUCUCAUGCAACGUCGCGUUCAGCUCCAUGCCCGUAUUCUUACCUACGGUCAUUCGAGACAUGGGCUGGACGUCCAUCACAGCACAAGGCUUGACGGCACCUCCGUAUUUGUUCGCGUUCGUUGUCGUCUUGACAACAGCAUAUUUCUCAGAUCGUCUGCAGUCGCGCUCAACUUUCAUCAUCUUCCACUCACUUCUCGCGACAUUGGGAUACGGUACCAUUGCUGUUUCCGGCUAUCUCAAGUCCAACUACACCACGAUCCGCUACAUGGCACUCUACCCCGCUGCCGCAGGCUUCUUCAGCGCCGUCACAAUUAUCAUCACGUGGAUGCUGAAUAACCAAGAAAGCGAGAGCAAGAAAGGCGGUGGCAUGAUCAUAUUAAAUAUCAUCGGACAGUGUGGACCGUUGGUCGGUACGAGCGUCUUUCCUGACGAGGACGGGCCGUAUUAUGUCAAAGGCAUGAGCAUAUGUGCUGGGUUUAUGCUGCUUGUCGGAGUGUUGGCUGCGGUGCUGAGAUGGGCGUUUAUCAGGGAAAAUAGGAAGCUGAUGAGUGGUCGAAGUGCAGAGUAUGCGGGUGUACCGUUAGAUGAGGGUGGAAGCAUGAGGAGAGGGAGGAAGAAGUUUACUUAUACGUUAUAG